CAUAAACAAAUUAUGAUUCCUUGUGAGGCUUGUGAGUGAAACUGAUUCGUGUUCGGUCUUCGCGCGAUUUAAUCCAUCUAAAUUUAUCUUGAUAAAUAGUAAUUAAGCUGAAUUAGGACGAUGUCAAUGAUCAUUAAAAUCGAACCGGAAGGUGGUGUCGGAACCACCGCUAGCUACCACAUAGAGGAUGUUACGAGUUUGUUUCAAACAUGCCGCCUUUGCUUGAGCGAAGAAUCUGUCGAGAGUGUAUUUGACGAAGAGGGCUUGCAGCAAUGGAUUUCGGAUUAUCUUGCGAUAGAGAUAUCCUCAGAAGACCAUUUGAGCCAGGCUGUUUGUUCCAUCUGCCGAAUACAACUGAUGGAAUUCCAUCAGUUCCGAGAACGCUGCCAUGAAGUACAAAGUGCACUGAAGUCCGAAAUUCGCACUGAAAAUGUCGAUACUUCCAAGGAAAAAGCUGUUAUUGAGCCCUCUCUAGGAAGCAGACAAGAUCAACUACUUCUAGAAACGAUUCAAAAUGUGGUGGCUGAUGAAUUUGUCGACAUAGCAGACAUGAACAUUGGAACCCAUACCAACAUGGAAGGGACAACAUCUCCAGAACAUACCAACGGAAUGUUUUUCAAUUUAGAGCAAGCAACAGCAGAUGAAAUAGAAGACAAUGCUGAAACAAAUCAGCCAAUUGAGUGCAAAAUAUGCCAUAAGAUAUUCAGUUCCGUGAAACGACUGGAAAGCCAUGAGAGAGUUGCACAUAGAUCCCAAAAAUAUGAAUGCGUUCCUUGUGGGAUUAAAACUUUCUAUCGGAGUCAUUAUGAAUCACAUAUGCGAACCAUAGGACAUGUUAGAAAAAUACAGGACAUUAAAAAAGCCAACGGUGAAUAUGUUCCAAAAUUAAAAUAUCAGUGCAGCGACUGUCCUGCUUCUUACCCAAUAAGAUCACAGCUGUACAACCAUCGAGCUAGAAGGCAUAAAGAAAAGAAAUUUGUUUGCACCGUAUGUUCGCACCCAUUUGUAAAUAGUCACGAUUUGUACAGACACUUUACAACCAAACACACAAGUGAUAAGAACAGACCAUUCACGUGCGACAUUUGUCAAAAGACAUUCAAGCUGAAAUAUGCCAUGAAUGAGCAUAAGAAACGAGUGCACGGGCCCAAGUUAUUCGUUUGCAGUGUUUGUGGGUCCAAUUUUAGUACAAACGGUUUCCUGAAUCGGCAUAUGAAUACUGUGCAUCAGGACACAUGAAGAUGAAGUACUUUCAACUGUUUCGGGGGCAUACGCGAGAAGGCAGAGGAUUUUAAAGAGCGAUUUUGAUGAAACGAAGACUUCUGCAUUCUGUAAUUAUAAUUCAGUAGGUGUGCAUCUCAGUAUUAGGUGAAUAAAAAAUGUGAUAAAAACGA